AUCUCCAGCAGCAUCAUGCCUGAACCAGCGAAGUCCACACCGAAGAAAGGCUCCAAGAAGGCCGUCACUAAGAGCGCCUCGAAAGGAGGAAAGAAGCGCAGGAAGUCCAGGAAGGAGAGCUACGCUAUCUACGUGUACAAAGUGCUGAAGCAGGUUCAUCCUGACACCGGGAUCUCUUCGAAGGCCUUGGGCAUCAUGAACUCUUUCGUCAACGACAUCUUUGAGCGCAUCGCCGGUGAGUCGUCUCGUCUUGUUCACUACAACAAGCGUUCCACCAUCACUUCCACAGAGAUCCUGACCGCCGUGCGUCUGCUGCUGCCCGGGGAGCUGGCCAAACACGCCGUGUCCGAGGGCACCAAGGCUGUCACCAAGUACACCAGCUCCAAGUAGAGCAACUCUGCAGCUCAACACAACACAAGAGCCACAAAACUUCUCAAUAAAAGUUUUUGACCAUUGAAUGGAGUUAAGGCUCACAGCGUGUAUGGUUCAAAUUUUAAAUCUUGUAGAGGUUAAGCGUUUUAUCGAAAUAUAAAGAUAUGAUGAGCGGUUACAGCGCAUAACCAAUACUGUUUAACUCUUUACGUAUUUUAAGUUAUUGGUGGGUGAUACUCCAAAAUUUGGUAUCAAUGAUACCAAUUAAAUAUAGGGUCAUUUUUGUCAAUACCAAUACGAUACAUUUUACUUACUUUCACUAGCUAGGACCACGCCACAAACCAGCUAUGCAACUGGGGAAGAGUAGAAAGAGGAUGAAGGGGUCGAGGGAAUGGGAUGAUGGUCAGGUUGAUCAGGGCAUCUUGAAUUGAUGGCUCAGGGAGACUCAGGGUGGGGGUACCGUCUCUAGCGUAUAUUUAGGCCAGACAAUGAGGACCCCCUGAUACAACCUGAUAGAAAUAUAAUGUGGGAUAAGGUUGGCUGAAUGGAUGAGAAAGGGAGGGAAAGGUGGGUUCGAGAGAACGAGACUAGCAAAGCGG